AGCCAUCUGCAAAACCAUACAUGCCAAGAUGGUGAUGGAAGAUAAAACUUAUGUAAGCUUAUUGAUCAAAUCUUUACUCGCAAUCAAGCAUCAUCCUGACUUAUCUAAAGAUAACUACUAAAACCUACAAAAAUGUGCAUGAUAAUAUGAUAGAAUCAAAAUUCUUCACAGGACACUUUGUAAGGCUAUGAAAGGUUGCUCAGACUUAUCUGUUACAUACUUCAGUCAUUGGGGAAGUAUCACAGCAGUUAGCUAAGGUUUAGUUUUCAUUAACAUAAACACUUUCAACUUCAAGAAGUUAUGUAAGGGUAUAAAACAUGCAAGUACAGCACCAAAUCUCAACUUAUCCUCCAGAUGAACAUUUUUUCAAAUUGACUUGUGAAUGAGUUCAGCAUCUAAUACACCAGUACCACCAACAGUACAUAUCUAUUUAACUAAUUGUAUGUACCAAAAUAUUUUCCUUUCAAGAUUGGACCUAUACUAAAUUGUAAGGUAAAGUUGUUCAUACUUCAUCUCAGUUACUGCAAAUUUUCUUCAUUAUCACUGAAGGGCCUUAAAGACCUUUGGAGAGAUUCCUUAGACCAACAAGAUCCCUUUUAUUAAAGCCCUAAUGAAAAGCUACAGACAUUUGUAGCAUAAACAAAUCAAAAGAUUUUCUAGACUUCACAUAAUUAAUCCUCUCUAGCACCUCCGUGAUGAAGAGUAAAUGAAAAGCACUACAUUUGACAUCAAUUAUUCAGGAAACAAUGUAUGAAUUCAAUCAUAGAGCUAUAAUCUUUCAGAAUGACAUUUUUCUCUUCACUGGUCUUCCAAUCACGCUCUUGGAUUGACUUGCAGCAAUAAUCAUGUAGGAAUAAUUUACAUCAAUAAUCAUGAGGGCAUUUUAGGAUUUGUUACCUAUUUCAUUUGAAUGUCAACCUAAUCUUCAAUCUGUACCAAAUGGAACAGAAAUAACUACAGAAUAUCAGAUUAUUAGUUUUAGAUUUUUCAGUAAACUUUUCAGGAUAUCAAUCUCUCACUUUUCUAAAGCUUAAAAUCAGAAGCAAAGGUUUAACAUUCUAAAUAGAUUUCACCUCUUCAUCCAUCUCAUCAGAUUCCUCAAAAGAUAGCUGUAAGAAUAACAGUAAUUAUAUUAUUUAAAGCAAUAGUCAGGUAAAGUAAAUAGGAAGCCAAAGCAGCUUCUAACUACAAUCCUCAUAGCUCAAAAAUAUCUGAAACAACUUGAACUGAAAGGCCAUUUUUAGGAAUCUAUUUUAAGUAUGAAAAUGCUCAACUGUCUGAAGAACAACAUUCAGCAUAAGAAAAAUUAGAAUUUUACCACUGUACUUUUGUGGAAACUAUUAGAAGUUUCUAUCGCCAUAUACCUAUUUGAUUCUCAAGAAAAAACAUGUGAGGCACAGCAACAUACUACUUGACCUUUGUAAGCAGCAGCAUAGGAAUAUUACCUACAAAUAUAAUCUUUUUUUUUUUUAAAGGCAAUGACUUAGAGUAAUCCUUAACAGUAUUCUCUUCAGCCCAUGACCUAUAAUGACAGCUAUAUAUAGACCUCGUAAUCAAAACAAGUUCUGCAAGGAGAAGCCAAGCUAAGCUUUAAAAACAAACCAUCAACAUUUCCGAUUUUUAAAAGCUCGGGGUAAAGGCAAUGGAAGUUGUGAAGAAUCUAGUGAGUGAAAUGCCGCUAGUGAUCUUCAGUAAAAGCUCUUGCUGUGUUUCUCACUCAAUGAAGCAACUUAUGAGAAGCUAUGGAGCCAAUUUAACAGUAUACGAGCUUGAUGAAAUUCCAAAUGGGAAAGAGAUUGAAAAGGGUCUUUUGAGCAUGGGAAAUAAGCCAAGUGUGCCAGCUAUUUUCAUUGGCCAUAAGUUAGUUGGUGGGUCUAAAGAAGUCCUUAGCCUCCAAAUCCAAGGGAAAUUGGCGUCUCAGCUCUUGGAAGCAGGAGCCAUAUGGGUUUGAAAUAGUACAUAACCAAAGACUUCAUUUUGAGCCUCUUUCUUUUACUGUACAAGACUACAAGGUAACAAGAUUAGAAAUCAGUUAGACAAUAUGAUGCUGCUAAUGUAAUCACUUAAACUAACGAGGAGCUUCUCUUCUACUUUCUCUGCAAAUAAAGAUGUACCCUACUAUUCAUUUGAAAAUAAAGAUGUACCCUACAGUGUCCACUAAUGGAAUCACUUUCAUUUAAAAAUGGAGAGCACUACAAUUUAUUGUGAAGCAUCAAAAAUGGUGUGCUUGCUAAUCUAUCAUUUUUUUUUUUUCAAUAAGCACACAACAGACUUUUUUAGAUCCUGA